GCAGUUCCAGCACUGACCCAGUGUGAAAAGUGCUAAGAGGGAGGCCAGGAUUGGGGUGUUGUGAGUGUCUGCAGCGGGGGCUCCUCACUAGGUUGGGGGAGGGCCGAGGGCGGGCUCCCGUCCCUGAGCAAGACACACUGGACCUAAGGAUGAGUUCAGUUUAGAAGCCAUGCAGAGGAAUGAUCAUGAACGCAAAGUUAGAUUAUGGAACUUUUGCAGGAUGACAGUCUUACCCAAGUGGUAGGGUUGGGAUUCCUUUUCUCUAGGAGCCUUUCUGUGACUCUCACUCUGUCUGCCUUCUGGGCUCCUGCAGCCCUGAUAGCUCGAAUCACCCUUCCCAGUGCCCGAAUGACAGGCUCCCUGCCUCUGUGACCAUGGCCAAAGUCCUUCCUGGGGUUUCACUCUAUCCCUGGGCCUCCAGGUUAGAGUGUGCUCCUUAGAGCGGGCUCCAUUUCCUUCUCUUUCCUUGUGGCCCAGUAUGCUCACAAGCUGCAGGGUCUAAGCUCCCCAAGGACUCAGUGGCUUGACUUGUACAGUCUCUACCUCAGGGGCCUCUCCAACCAAAGCACUCAAACCAAGUGAGGAAUCAAGAGAUAGAAGACCUAGAUGGAAUUUACCACACAAAAACUGAAUAGUACCACAGACAAAACUAAAAGGCAAAUGACAAACUGGGGGAGAUGUUUGCAAAAAUGAGAAAUUAAGGAUUAAUAUUCUCAAAAAAAUUUAAUACAAAUCAAUAAGAAAAACGUAAAGACCCUCACAGACAAUUCACAGAUGAAAUUCUGGUGGUUAAUGUGUAUAUAUGGGAAAUAUUGUUGAACCUAUCAGGAAGCAGAAAUAGAAAAUAGCAUACUUCCAUGUAUCAAACUUGCAAAAGUGAGAAAAAGAUAAUAGGCAGUGGAUGUAGCCCAGAUGUAGGUAAGCCGGUACCCUCAUGUAGUGCUGAUGGCUGUGGUCACCAGUAGAACAUAUGGAAGCACUUUGGGAGUGAGUCUAAAGAGCCCAGGAAAUGAGCAUUCUCCACCCACUAAUCACACUUCUGAGACUCUGUCUCAGCCAUGGACAGUGACAUGGGGAAUUUCUCAUGAAAUCAUGUUAAGCAACAAAAGUAGAACAUACAUAUUAUAAUGUAUACUUCUACUUACAUGAAUUCUAUAUUUAUGCAUAAAUCUUUUCUUUGGGUGAUGUUUUAAGGGCAUUUGCUUCUUGGUGAUUUUGAUCAUCAUAUUUUGUUUUUCUCACAUUUUCUGUAAUGAGAGGAACAAAAGUCAAAAGGGGGGGAACCCUCUUGAAAUAUGAAAUGAGGGGACCAAAUAAAUAUAGAAAUUAACUUUGGGAGUCAACAGGGUCAAAUCACUAGCAAAACGUGUCACUUUGCAAGAUUCAGGAAACAUAUGUUGAUGUGUAUUUACCAAAAUUCUCCAGAAGACUAAGGGCAGAGGCAGAAAUCACCAGGCCACAUGGCUGUGGAUGGGCUGAUUUUGUGGGUGAGGUUACCCGGCUCUUCACUGUGUGAUACUAGGUACAGCCUGUCCCUUGGCAGGGGUCAGUUUCCUACUCUUUACACAGUAUAUUAGGGGGUCAGACUAAAUGACUCUGAGGGUCUUUGGCAGAUCUCGGCCAACUCUGUUCUUGAAGAAGAGAACUUUGACUUGCGCCCACGACAAAGCUGAGAAGGACCAAGGGAAUAAACUGAUCUGCAGGCUUCCAGGAAGGAUGGCGUGUGAGAUUGUCCUUUCUGUCAGGGAGCACAGGACUCCUGCCUGAGCUGCUGCCUCUGGACUCUGACAGCUUCAGCCUCACCCUGAACAGCAGGGCUGGUCUUGGGUGGGGGUGGAGGAGCUGCCCUGGGGAUGGUGAUGCUGGUCAGGAAGGGUGUCCCCAUAGAGCCACCCUUCCUGAUGCAGGCCUGUUUCUGCUUAGCAACCAGCAGAUGCAUGGAAAGACAGCUUCUCUGAAGAGCCCUGUGUCCUGCACAGAGAAACUAGCCAGGGUUCAGGCACCCCUGAACUCCAGGCCAACCUGGCCAGGGCAAAGGUUUGCGUUCCAGCACCACCCCUCUCCCUCAGCCUUGGUAGCCUCCAUCAGGUCAGGUGAGUCUGCUGAGCUCCAGGCUGCCAGGAGGAGGCUUCCAGAAGGGCAUUCCUGCUGGGAUCAUGGCCCAUAGCCAGGCCCCGGAGCUUCUGCACUGGCCAGAAGGCUUGAAGAGUGAAGAGAUCAAGAAGUGUGGCCGAGAAGGGCCCCAGCUCGUGUGUUUGCAGACACUACUGAGUAAAUACAACCAGCAAUACCACAAGCUGUUUAAGGACAUCCCUUUGGAGGAGGUUGUUCUCAAAGUGUGUUCCUGUGCACUCCAGAGAGACCUUCUUCUCCAGGGCCGGCUCUACAUCUCCCCCAAUUGGCUCUGUUUCCAUGCUAGCCUCUUUGGCAAGGAUAUCAAGGUGGUCAUUCCUGUGGUGUCUGUGCAAAUGAUCAAAAAACACAAGAUGGCCCGGCUCCUUCCCAAUGGCCUGGCCAUCACCACCAAUACCAGCCAAAAGUAUGUCUUUGUGUCACUGCUUUCCCGGGACAGUGUCUAUGACAUGCUGAGGAGGGUCUGCACACACCUACAGCCUUCCAGCAAGAAGAGCCUGAGUGUAAGAGAAUUUCCAGAGGAACCUGAGUGCGAGUCUCUGGAAGUCCUCAUCCCUGAGAUGAAGUGGAGAAAGGUGUGCCCUGCCUCCAGGUCCCUGUCCCUUCCAGACAACAUCCCUUGUAUCCCUCGGGCAUCCAUGGACUCCACCGACAGCUUCUUUCCCUCCAGGAAGCCUCCAGGCUCUGAGAAUGCUGUCUGUGAGAAGGAGAAACUGAAGGAGUUGCCCAGGAGCGACGGGGAGCUGAGGCUCUGGGAUUGCCAGCUCCUCAAGGUCAUCUUCGUGCUGAUCUGCUUCUUGGUCAUGUCCUCAUCGUAUCUGGCAUUCCGCAUCUCCCGGCUGGAACAGCAAUUAUGCUCCCUGAAUUGGGAUGGCCCAAUCCCUGGGCACAGGUAACAGCCACCUGGCCUUUGUCCCUACUUCUCCAUGAAGAAUGCUGUGCGUGCUAAGGUUCCACCAGUGAUCGCCGUGGUUUAUGCUGCUGCUGCGCUGAGACUGAGUAUGAAGGAACAUAGUCCAGAUCCUUCCUCCUCCCCCUAACUCUUAUCUCUCCUGUUUACAAAGCUCCUACAAUUUGGGGACUCGGACAAAGAGCCAGAUUCUUGGAACAGCUGAGAAAUUCUGUAUACUAAGCUUCAGCAAGCACUUCAGUGAAAAAAGAAAAUUAACUUGUUCCUUGGAAACAGCCUGGCACAGGUGCAGAGCACUAGGAGCUACCGGAGGGACAAAGGCCAUGCUUUGGUUCCUGGAAUGUACCUCUCUAACUGUCACGCGGCUCACUGCCUCAGUGGGACAGAGGCUCUAACCCAAACCACCAGUGGGGCUCUGCUCUCUCCCAACAUACUGUGCAUUCACUUGCGCCCCUGAGUCUCUGUUCCGGGAGCCAGGCCCCUGUCAGGCCAAGGGCAGACUGGGGGAGGGGGGGAGGGAGGGGGAAGCUAUGAACAAGGAGAGGAGGGCGUGUGGCUAGGAUUCCAGCUAGAGAGGAACGUUUGUGCCCUGUGCUGAGGCUCUAUCCUGGCCCUUCACAAAGAGGCUGGCUGAAUCUGGAGGACAGUACGUGCAGCAGAGGAUGGUGGCAGGGGCUGUGAAGGAGAGCAGAGGUCCAGGAUUCUGUGUCCUGAGCUGCCACUUCCUGGUGAGACAGGCGGAGCGGGGCCUUGAUCACUGUGGUCACGGACCUGGUACUGUGUCUUCUCCUGGUGUGCUCAAACAGUUCUAAGGUCCCCCAGGCGGGGAGUAGGGGCUGGGGCUGGGGUGGGUGGGAAGGUUGGUGGCUUUGAUUUGAGAUUUUGCUUUGUACUCCCUGGCCGACUGCCUGAGAGGCCAUGACCCAUAGCAACCUGUCGGGAGGUGAGGCUGGGCAGUUGGGCACAAUGGUAUAGGGCCACUGCAGGGCAAAGCUCACUCAUGUCACCAGAAAUAAGUAUGUUGCGGGCCAUGGGGGGAGGCUUCUCCAUUCUAUGAAUAAGGUAGAGGUGUCCAAGGUGGGCCUGGUAUAGGGACCAGGCCAAGGGGUUCUGUCUGAUAUCUCUGGGGACAAGAGAAGUAGGGGAUGAGAAGAGUAGACACAGUGGUAGCUUUCUCUUAGAGAUUCCUCCACUUCUGCCAGGGCCGCCUGUUUUCUAAACAGCUCGUCGAUGCCUCAGAACUCUGCCUGCUCUUCCUGGGACUCCCAUCUGCUAAGACAGUGCCUUUGGAGGUUCUAGAGGGGCCUCAGUGAAGAGGUCAGAGAUAUCAAAGGAAAGUCACUGGUGAUGGGGUGAGUGGUGUCAGAAAUAGCCACUGUUUUUCCUCCUUCGGACACCUGAAAGGUUAAUCAGGGAGAAAUCCAAGCAGAAAUUAUUUAUUGCGGGGCCAUGAUUGUCCUAUUAGGACAAACCCAAACAAGAAUUGGAGGGACUGACUGCAGGUGACAAGUCCCAAAGCUCAGACUAGCAGUCUCUUCAUCCUCACCCCAUUGCAGGUUCUAGGAUUAUGCUUAGAGCCUGGGGGGGUUGCUUGCACCUCAUCUGUAUGUAUCAGGUGAAACUCAUUCCAUUCUCCCCAUAGCACCACAGUGGGGAAAACCCCAUCCUUUUUUUGGAACCAGCCCCCUUCAUCACUCCUUUCCAUCACGUCUUCAGGGAAAUACUUGCCCCAGUGUCUCCCGGCCCUGGUCCUUGCCGAAGGGCUGGGAGAAUAGGUCCAUUCUCUGAGCCUUGCCAGGUUGAGCCAGGGGCUCAUCAGGGGCCAGCAGAGGUGCCAAGUCAUGGGUAACGGUGCCAAAGUGCCGGUGAAUCUAGUCUCCACCUGUGCCGCAGGCUCAGAAAGGGAUGCUUGCUGUAGGGUGGGGUGGCUCUGGAGGCUCUCUUGGGUCCAGGGAUUUCAGUGGUAUGAGUGUGCCUGUUGCUCUGGAGGGCCCUGUCUCUGUUUCUCCCUUUGAUUCCCCAGCCUGGUCCUCUGGGGCCAAUGUCCCUUUGGUUGUGCUCAUUUGUAAACUGUGUAUUUGUACAGACCUGCUUGCACUGGCUGAUACUCCUUUAAUUCCCUGAGAGAUUGGUUCAACUAUCCUUGGGUUGUUCCACCAUAGCAUUAGCCUUUGAAAAUAUUUUAAAAUACAAAAAUUUGAUUUUUCUAGUG